AUGUGUGGGAUUUUUGGUUAUGUAAAUCACCGUGUAAAGCGUGAACGGUCAUAUAUUCUUAAUGUUUUGUUGGAAGGUCUUUUAAAGUUAGAAUAUCGUGGUUAUGAUUCUUCUGGACUUGCUAUUGAUGGAGAUAAUGAAGGAGAAGUUCUUGUUUUUAAAGAAGUUGGGAAAGUUUCUGAGCUCCGUAAACUUGUUCAAAAGGGGCUACAUAAUCUCUCUAAGACAUAUUUAUUUCAUUGUGGUAUAUCCCAUACUCGUUGGGCAACUCAUGGAGAAUCAAAUCGUUUAAAUUGUCAUCCUCACAGAUCAGAUGAUAAAUAUGAAUUUAUGGCUGUUCAUAAUGGAAUUAUAACAAAUUUUAGGGAGCUUAGAACAGUUUUGGAGAUGCAAGGUUAUGUUUUCGAAACAGACACUGAUACUGAAUGUGCUGUUAAAUUGGCUAAAUAUAUUUACGAUACAAAUAAAAAUAUAGAUUUUGUUACCCUUUCAAAAAUGUUGAUUAAAGAGUUACAAGGUGCAUUUGCUUUUCUUAUUAAGAGCACUCGUUUUCCACAUGAAAUUAUUGCUACAAAAAAGGGAUCUCCUCUUAUAGUUGGUGUCAAAACGGAAAAAAAUAUUAAUUCUGAUUAUGUAGAUGUUGAAUUUUCGGAUAUCAAGGAUAUUUCGUUUGAUGCUAUAAGUGAAGAUGUUAAUUUUAGAUGUAAUCAAUCUGGAGUAUAUGUAAAUGAUAAGGAGUUUUCUACAUCUGCUGAAUUUUUUCUUUCUUCUGAUCCUUCGUCUGUUAUUGAGUAUACUAAACGUGUUAUUUAUUUAGAAGAUGAUGAUAUCGCACAUAUUCGUGAUGGUAAACUUCGUAUACAUCGUCUUCAUCGUGAAGAUGGUGAACUUCCUAUUAGAUCAAUUCAGACUUUGGAAAUAGAACUGGCAAAUGUUUUGAAGGGAAAUUUUGACCAUUAUAUGCAAAAAGAAAUAUUUGAACAGCCUGAAUCAAUUAUUAAUACUAUGCGCGGCCGUAUAGAUUUUAAGAAGAAAACUGUUACUCUUGGAGGAUUGAAGACAUACUUGCCGAUAUUAAGAAAGUGUAGAAGGAUGAUUUUUAUUGCAUGUGGGACAUCAUAUCAUUCUUGUUUGGCUACUCGUUCUUUAAUGGAAGAAUUGACAGGGAUUCCUGUGACAGUAGAAAUAGCAUCUGAUUUUCUUGAUCGUCAAUGUUCUGUAUUUCGCGAUGAUGUUUGUGUUUUUGUAUCUCAAUCUGGAGAAACGGUGGAUUCCCUUUUAGCUCUUCGAUAUUGUUUAGAACGUGGAGCGUUAACUCUUGGUAUUGUGAAUGUCGUUGGCUCAUCUAUUUCAAGAGAAACACAUUGCGGUGUGCAUAUUAAUUGUGGUGUUGAAAUUGGUGUUGCUUCUACAAAAGCGUAUACCUCGCAAUUUGUUGUUAUGGUUUUAAUUGCUUUGUCUCUUUCUGAAGAUUCUAUUUCGAAAAAAGCACGUCGUCAUGAAAUUAUAGAUGCUUUGUCAUAUCUUAGUGAUCAAAUUCAAGAAAUACUUGCAAUGAAUCUUCAAAUAAAGAAAUUAAGUCAGGAUGCACUUCUUAAACAUUCUUCUUUGUUAUUGGUUGGUAGAGGCUAUCAACAUGCAACUGCUUUGGAAGGGGCGUUAAAAAUAAAAGAAAUAUCAUAUAUACACUCAGAAGGUGUUCAAUCUGGUGAAUUAAAGCAUGGUGUUUUAGCAUUAGUCGAUGAAAAUUUCCCAAUUAUUAUAUUUAUGACUAAAGAUAAGUUUUAUCCAAAGGUUCGAAGUACUGUUCAGCAAAUAUUAUCACGUAAAGGAAAACCUAUUAUUAUUCUUAGUAAAUCAGAUACGUCAUAUGAGGAUAUGGAUAAUCGAAUUGUUCGUGUUCCAGAAACUGUUGAUUGUUUACAAGGUAUAUUAAAUAUUAUUCCAUUACAAUUGAUGUCUUAUUGGCUUGCUAUAUUUCAAGGGUAUGAUGUUGAUCAUCCUAGAAAUUUGGCAAAAUCUAUUACUGUUGAAUAA